UAGGCGCGUGCUGGAUGUUUACUGUACGUGUACGUGAAUAAUUUGCCUUUUUCUUGAAAUACGUCAAUCGAAGUUGAUUGAAUGCGUUGCAAUGAAUCUCCAGCUGCUACCUAUUCUCUGUUUGACGUUCGCUAGUCCUGCCAUCGCCAGCGAUUCGUACAUUGUCGUCGCUCCGAAGACUAUACGUCCCGGUCUUACCGUUCGUAUCAGUGCUACAAUACUCCAGGCCAGCUCCGACGUGCAGGUGCAGACUGACGUGAUUGCCAACAGCACAUGUAAUCAAGCGACAGCAAGCGAGACCAUCUCACCGGGUGCGUCCGGCUUCAUUGAGUUGCAGAUGCCUAAUCAACUUCCUCGUAAGGAUGGACCAUACUCACUACGUGUGACUGGCAGUGGUGGAUUGACAUUUAUGGAUGAAACUACUCUUAUUGUUGACCAGAAAUGCGUGUCUGUAUUUAUACAGACAGACAAAGGCAUCUAUAAACCUGGUCAAACAGUGCUAAUGCGAUUUAUUGUUUACAAGCCGACUCUGCUGCCAUACACUGGAACAGUCGAAGUGUCUAUUACAGAUCCUAAUGACAACCUAAUGGCUAAGUGGAAAGAUGUCCGCCUAGACAGCGGUGUUGCUUCUAGAGACUUGCCAUUGUCAAUUGAGCCACCACUUGGAAUGUGGGCAAUAUCAGUCAGUGGAGAAUGUUUGAACAGCAAACAAACUUUUCGAGUUGACAAAUACGUUUUGCCCAAGUUUGAGGUGACUGUCAAACCACCAUCGUUUCUCGUUUCUAGUGAUACAAGUGUAGAGGGAACAGUAACUGCCAAAUACACAUAUGGUCAACCAGUGAAAGGGACAUUGGAGCUGACAUUUUACCUAAGAAAACCUUUUUAUGGCAAACCACCUAAAACAUUGCGAAUGUCAAACAUUAAAAUUGAUGGAACGAAAGCUUUUAUGCUUGACAGUAGCAAGAUUCAAAGUCUACGGGAAGAUCAUUACAUGGUGAAAACUAAUCUACCAGGUUCGGGACAGUUGACUAUCAAUGCAUCUGUAACAGAGGAAUUGACAGGGACAACUUUGAGUGGUCAAGGCUUGACUUCUUUGUACAGUCAUUCUAUCAAGAUGGAGUUUCACGAAUCAACUCCUAAAACGUUUAAGCCAGGCUUGCCAUUUGUUGCCAAGGUACUUGUUACAACACAGGAUAAUAAACCUGUAGAAGGAACUAAUGUCACCGUUACUGCUUAUGUUAAUGUUACCCAUAAUGAGUCGACUCCAUUUGUUGUUCAAGUUGUAGGAGGGAUUGCUGUGUUGAUAUACGAUGUACCAACUUGUGUCACGCGGCUGUCGCUGAAUGCUAAGUGCAAGGAUCCAAGGACAGGAAAUAUAGUGAACGCAUACAGUCAUCCUAUGAUAAGCAAAUCUCCUAGCAAUAGCUUUAUCCGACUGUCAACGAGUACCUCGAAUGCUCAAAUUGGCACGUCUUUGAAUUAUGGGGUCAAAUCAACUUUUGAAUUUUCAAAACUCUACUACCAGGUAAUGGCUCGUGGCAGUUUGAUUGUGCACGGCUCUAAGCAGUUGAACAGCUCUGCUACUAGCACUAGUCUUGAGGUUCGUGUUACCCAUGCCAUGGCUCCGUCGGCUCAGGUUGUGGCUUACGUGAUCACAACUGAUGGUGAAGUGGUUGCAGACAGUCUUUCGGUGUCUGUCGCCAUUGGCUUUGAGAACUCGGUGAAUGUUUCAUUUGAUGUAACUGAGAAAAAGCCUGGUGACAAUGUGACAGUUACUGUCAAAGCGGCACCUAAUUCCUUCGUGGCUGUUGCUGCAGUUGACUAUAGUGUUGGAUUACUAGCAGACACCAAUGAUAUCACGCAAGCACACGUUGUCAAUGAACUUCAAUCAUAUGACAGUUCAACUCCAGACUGGGAUAACAGUCUUAUGUGGGGGUCUCUUUGGAAAAAAUAUUGUAGAUGGUGGCCGUGGUCAUCGGGUGGUCAAGAUGCAUAUAGCAUAUUCGAGAAAGCAGGCAUUGUGGUAUUGACAGAUACUACUCUGUACAGAGAACAGCGACUUAGUCUACUUCUUACCCCAAGUGAAAGAAUUUAUCUUUCUUCUUUUGAAUUGUAUGAAAGUUGCCUUAUCGGCACUCUUUCAGCUGUAGAUGAAAUCAAACUUUUAGAACCCGAAAUCAAACUUUUAGAACCCGAAAUCAAACUUUUAGAACCCGAGAGAACGAGAACUUUCUUUCCUGAAACAUGGUUGUGGUCUGACGCCGUAACUGGAGCUAAUGGCAUGACUAUGUUUACGAGCAAAGUUCCGGACACAAUUACGUCAUGGGUCGCAAGUGGUUUUGCAGUCAACAGCAAAUCAGGAUUGGGUGUACCUGCGACUAGAGCCGAGUUGAAAGUGUUUCAGCCAUUUUUUGUUUCUCUCAAUCUUCCGUACUCCGUCAGACGUGGAGAGCAGCUGGGUCUUAAAGUGACUGUGUUCAACUAUUUGGAUGUUGAUAUUAAUAAUGUGCUUGUGGAACUGGAAGACAACAGAGAUCUUCUUCCUGUGUCAUACAAUAUUUUGACAAGUGAGGCAGAACUAAUCAACCCUCCCGAACCGCUUAGACUCUCGAGAACUAUUUCGGUCACUGCUAACAGUGGGACGACAGUUGUGUUUGCGGUUACCCCAAGAACGGUGGGUCAAAUUGUUAUCAAAGUAAAAGCAAGAUCGAGUGUUGCCGCUGAUGCCGUGGAGCGCCAGUUACUUGUUGUCCCUGAAGGCCGAGCAGUUGAUUACACUGAAAAUGUCUUCAUACAAAUGGAUCAGUCUAAUCAAAGUUAUAAGCAGUCGUUGUCUUUAACUUUGCCGUCGGAUGUCAUCAAAGACUCAGGCCGAGCUACUGUUUCAGUUAUUGGUGAUUUGAUGGGCUCGACAUUAAACAAUCUAGAGCAGUUGGUGCGCAUGCCAUAUGGAUGUGGAGAACAGAAUGCUGCCAGUACGGCACCAAACAUAUUUGUUCGUCAGUACUUGUAUGCAACAAAACAGUUGACAUUUGACCUGAAGUCAAAAACGAACAAAUAUAUGACAACAGGAUACCAACGUCAGUUAAACUACAGACAUGAUGAUGGCUCGUACAGUACAUGGGGUGGAAAGGAUACCAGUGGUAGCCUCUGGUUGACAGCAUUUGUUGUAAAAUUGUAUGCUCUGGCUUCUGACUUUGUAACUAUCGAUUUACAACAAGUGAUACUCUCAACAGAAUGGAUAGCAGAGCAACAGUCUCCGAGUGGCAUCUUUCUCCCUAUUGAAGAACACGUCAACACACACAGAAAAGGAGAUCUUGAUGGGGAAACUGCCAACACAGCGUUUGUGCUCAUCUCACUUAUUGAAGCCAAAAAUGCAGCCAAUAUCAAUGCAGCACUAGGAGUCACUGCCGCUAUUACAAAAGCUCAAAGCUACCUACAAGAAAAGUUGACAUCGACGAGUAGACAUUAUACUAUCUGUAUUAUGGCAUAUGCUCUUGCACUUUCUAAAAGCUCAAUGACAUCUCAAGCUAUCACCAAGCUGAAGUCUAUUGCAACUGUAGAUGGUGGAGUAAUGUAUUGGAAAGAGACCGAUGGCUCAAGUAGGAAGAGUAGCAACGACGAUUUCUUUUAUUAUCCUUACCACGCAUCGUCGGCUGAAAUUGAGAUGACUGGCUAUGGUCUUUUGGCCAUCAUGCAGUCCGGUGACAUUGCGGGUGGGGUGCCAGCUGCUAAAUGGUUGAGUAAACAGAGGAAUUCACUUGGAGGAUGGUCCUCAACUCAGGACACGUGUGUUGCUCUUCAAGCUCUCGCUAAUUUUGCUACUGCUGUGCACCGUGGAUCUGGAUAUCUCAACAUUCAUCUUACUUCGGAUGUUGAUUUGGAUUUCUCACAUUUAUUUAGUGUUGACUCUGACAAUGCACUCGUUCUUCAGCAAGCAGAGGUUCCUGUUGGUGGCAAUCUUAACUUGACUGUGAACGGGUCUGGAACUGCUCUUCUGCAGGCAACUGUGGCGUACAGCGUUCCUGCACAUGGUAGCUCAGAACCGCCUUACCAGCUGGUAGUUGAUGUGUUGGAGAAGAAUACUAGUGGCAGUAUUGAUAUAACACUUUGUUCAACAUAUAAAAAGAAUAAGGACUCUGGCAUGGUUGUUGUGUCGUCUAUCCUCCCAUCUGGAUUUGGAGUUGAUCAUGAUGCAAUGAAGACAUACUUGAAAUCCAAUUCGGAUGUGAAGAGGUAUGAUGUCAGUGCAGAUCAGGUGGACAUUUAUUUCAACCAGCUUGUGUAUAACAACAAGAAAUGUGUAGUAGUCACAGCCAAUCGUCAGUAUGAUGUUGGAAAUGUGAAACCAGUCCCUGCUGUUGUCUACAGUUACUAUGAACCAGAUCUCGAGAAAGAGUCGGUGCUGUAUGCACCAUCGACAAUGGCUGGCGUGACUGUAUGUGAGCUAUGUAUGUGUAACAAGAAUUGUGCUGGAUGUGAUAAUUACCAGAAAGCUAUUGGCUGCUCGACACAGAAACCAUCUUCGAGCUCUCCAUCCGUUUCCAGUAUUUAGUUGAUGACUGUUCUAAUGACUUUUGUUGGUAUGGUGGUGAUGAGUUCAUUGCUGGAAUGAUUCUGUUAAAUGACUGGAUGUAACGGGUGGUUAAGUGAGUGAACUACAUAUGUUGAACUUCAUUACUCAUGGCUGCAUUGUAUGGAUGGGGUAAUUUUUUAUCUGGUUAUGAGCUUACCUUGUAGGGUUAAGCAUGCAGAGAAUGCCUGUAGAAGUUUUUACUGAUGGUUUAUAUUGAACCCGUGAAAGGUUCAAAAUCAACUAGCAUUGAUAUUGUUA